AUGCACAACACCGAUGAUACGGUUCACGUAGUCGUCAACGGCGAACUGUACGACUACGACGGUAUACGAGAAUCUAUCAGCAAGAAAACGUCCUACCAGUUCCGCAGUCACAGUGACUCCGAGCUCAUCGUGGCACUCUAUCAGUACUAUGGUCUCUCUUUCAUCUCACACCUUCGCGGCGAAUUCAGCAUAUGUCUUUACGAUUCGGCUCGGCAACUGUUCAUAGCCGUUCGAGAUCGGUACGGGAUCAAGCCGCUGUUCUGGACGAUUCAUAAUGGGAGGCUGUUAAUCGCGGCCGAGGUGAAAGCUUUCUUGCCAUUGGGUUGGAGACCCGAAUGGGACGUGCGGAGCUUGAUCGAAGGUGGCUGGAGUAACGAUCAACGAACUUUGUGGAAAGGUGUACAGAAGGUGAAUCCCGGAGAGUAUCUGAUCUGCAGAGGACUAGAAGGGCUUGAGAAUGUGAAAUAUUGGGAUAUCGAGUAUCCAGACAAGUAUUCUGUUGAAACACGAAGCGAAGACGAAAUGGUUAAGGGGGUCCGUUCUCGAUUACUGGAAGCCGUUCGCCUACGUCUGCGGGCGGACGUACCUGUGGGGAUAUAUCUCUCAGGAGGCAUAGACUCGACCGUCAUUGCUGGCAUGCUCGCGCACCUCCUACGAGAGGUUAAGCAGAAUGGCGAGAACGAACAUGACUGCAAUACUGAAUCCCUAGCCCGCAUGUCCUGCUUUACAAUAGCCUUUGAUGAGGACAGUGGGUUUGACGAAUCCUCGAUUGCAAAGGAAACUGCUGCUUCCCUCAACGUACCACUCCACACGAAGCACAUGUCUGAAGCCGAACUCGCACGUUACUUUUCUGAUGCUGUCUACCAUACAGAGCACCACUGGGGCGAGCUCAACUUCGUUGCAAAAUUCGCCCUCUCCGAACUUACGCGCGAGAAAGGCUACAAAGUCGUGCUUACAGGCGAGGGCGCAGACGAGGCCUUUGGCGGGUAUAGAUUCUAUGUGAACGAUUAUACCAGGGAACCGGAUCACUCGUGGCUCCCUUCCCUCCAAGUCAUGCCAGAAUCAGACCGCCAAAGCAUACACCGUCAACAAGAAGAAAACUAUCGAAAGUUCCUCGAGCUCUUCGGAUCUGACAACACAAACCGAGACGAGGGGAUCGCCUUCCGGCAGACUAAUUCUUCCAUUGUGAGCUCCAUGUCAUCAAUUUUCAGCUUUGACCUCUGGGCACCUUGGACCAAGGUUCUCGGGAAGCUAGAUCCACGCGAGACCAUUGCCAACAAUGUUGAUGGCAGAGUCCGCGAUAAGAUGACAUCCAGUUGGCACCCUCUGCACUCAGCGCUAUACAUGUGGGCCAAAGGUCACCUACCCAACAUUGUCUUGAGCUGUCUCGGUGACAGAGCAGAAAUGGGCCACAGUGUUGAAGCUCGAACGCCAUUUCUGGACCACAAAUUCACCGAAUACGUCAAUGCUGUUCCACCGAGUAUGAAGAUCAAGUACAUUUCGCCCACGCAAGCUGAGAAGCAAGGCGGUGAUACUACAGAGGGCGAGUUCCAAGAAAAGUACAUUCUGCGUGAAGCAGCCCGACCUUUCAUCCCAGACCGACUCUAUCGCAGGAAGAAGCAACAGUUCGCUGCGCCACGGACGUAUGCACCGGGUGGUCCUCUCCACCAGCUGUUCAGCGAGCUGGUCACAGAAGAAAAUGUGGCAAGGCUGGGCUUUGUGGACUGGGAUUCGGCAAAAGACUUGCUACAAUCUGCUUUUGAAAAGCACGAGCAAAUGGCAUUCAGGAGGAUCGUGAUGUUGGCCGAAUGGGUUGUUUUGAGUCAACGAUUUGAUGUGCCUCCAGCAACAGCUGAAUGA